AUGGAGGCAGAUUGGGAUGAAAUCACUCGCAUUGCGGUGCCGUCGUCUGGCCCGCAGGCAAUCCCGACGCCGGCCAGUGCUGUGACCUUUGAUGAUGUACAAGAAUUGCUCUGGGUUGGCAAUGACCAGGGACGGGUCACUUCUUUCUAUGGGCCCGAGUUGCAACGCUAUGUCUCUGUCAAGGCUCAUCUAGGCGAGGGGCCUGUCAAGCAGCUCCUUGUCCAUGAAAAGGGCAUCGUGUCUAUAUCGGCCUCGAGUGUCCAUUUGGUGAGCCGGAAAGGCUUGACCCAAUGGCAUAUUUCUCAUCGACUCAUGACCGAUUUGCGAUGCGUCGCGUUCGCCGCCGCCAACAAUCUCAUCCUGGUUGCUGGAUGCCAAAGUACCUUUUUCAUCAUCGACGUUGACAAAGGCCAAGUGGUAUCCGAGCAUCUUGCUCAAGCCAAGUAUACCAUCAUGAGGAAGAGCCGACAUAUCUGUGCGGCGACCGAUGACGGCAACGUCCAUAUUCUCGGUUUGCCCGACUACAAACUACUCAAAACGUGGAAAGCUCACUCGACCGCAGUCAAUGAUAUGGAUGCGCGGAAUGACUUUCUGGUGACGUGCGGAUUUUCCGUCCGACAAUUGGGGGUACCAAUCGUCGACCCAUUGGCCAAUGUCUACGACUUGAAGACCCUCACAUCACUUCCUCCCAUUCCAUUUCAUGCGGGCGCCGCAUAUGUCCGUCUGCACCCGAAAUUACAAACCACCAGCUUUGUGGCAUCACAAACCGGCCAGAUGCAGGUGGUGGAUCUCAUGAAUCCCGUCAAUGUCAUGCUCAAACAAGCCAACGUUCAAUUUAUGUCGGGCAUGGAAAUUGCAUCCUCGGGAGAUGCUCUGGUCAUAACAGACACAAACGGCUUGAUAUAUUUAUGGGGCUCGCCCUCCAAGGUUCGCUUCAACAACAUUAGUCGAGAUACUGAAUUUGCCAAUCCACCUCCCGCCCAGGUCGCACAUAUCGAUUGGAAUGAUACACCGCUCAACACCGUCGGGAUGCCUCACUAUUCUGAAACCUUGCUAUCCGCCUGGCCCAGUCACCUGGUGUUUGACGUAGGAGCGCCACCGGUCCCGGUGGAACCAUCGCUUCUUUUUCACAUGCAGACUGCCGAAAUGGGCCACUAUGCCCCAAAUCUCAAUCCUCGAAAACUUCUCCGCUAUCAGGUGGAAGACACCAGAGCGGGGCAGGUGCCUGCCUCCAUUGCCGCUCCCAAAUUUUUGAGUGAAAAGGCGAAGGAGACGACAUCCAACGGGAGUGGGCGGAAGUUGUCUGAUGCCGCCGAAAGUCUGGCCGGAAUCUCUCUCAAUGGACGAGCCCAAACUGACGAAGAACGAAUGCUCAAAUAUAGCAAUGUCGAGAUCAAAUAUAGCCGGUUCGGAGUCGACGACUUCGAUUUUCGAUACUACAACAAAACACCGUAUUCCGGACUGGAAACGCACAUCGCGAAUUCUUUCAUCAAUUCUCUUCUCCAGCUGUAUAGAUUUAUUCCUCUGGUUCGCAACGUCGCCAUACAGCAUGCCGCCACCUCGUGCGUGACCGGCAACUGCCUGCUUUGCGAGUUUGGAUUCCUGUUCGACAUGCUGGAAAAGGCCAACGGACAAAACUGCCAGGCAACCAAUCUUCUCCGGGCAUUCGGAGCGUCCAGGGAAGCGGCGAAUCUUAGUCUCUUUGAGCAUUUGUCUCUGGCCAAUGGAACUCCACUCUCCUCAACGAUUCAAGCGGUAAAUCGGUUCUUCUUGAAGCAGAUGGCACAUGAUUAUGUCACGAUGGCUUCGAGCGGUGACGGAAUUGAUCAAGUCCUCGCCAGCAGUGCCUUUGAGGCCAUUCGUUGCAUAUACUGCAACAAUGAAACGAUCAAACCGGCGACCACCUAUGUGCAUGACUUGAUUUAUCCGCAAAUGGACCCGAAGCACUCGAUGAGAUACCUCAAGUUUUCAUCCGUUCUGAAAACGACCAUUGAACGCGAAGCUAAGAACCGGGGAUGGUGUAGUCGAUGUCGACGGUAUCAACAACUGGCCAUUCGCAAGACGGUCAGGCAAUUACCAUAUGUUUUGAUGCUCAACGCGGCCCUGGGAAAUAAUACGGCGAUGCGGGGACUAUGGGAAACUCCCGGCUGGCUUCCCUCCGAGAUUGGCAUCAUCGUCCAGGACAGAAACGUGUAUUGUUUUGAAGGAUCGGAUCUGGCGCUGCACUUGCGCAAUAAGUCUCCAAAUCUGGUGAUAUAUGAAUUGGUUGGAUUUGUGGCGGAAAUUGACACCAGCGAAAGACACCAACCUCAUCUGGUCAGCAUGGUCAACGUCGAGGUUUCGAGUGUCGGACCCGAUACCUCUUACAACCACAAAGUGUUCCCCAAUUGGCAUCUCUUCAACGAUUUCUUGGUGUCACCGGUGGAUCCCCGGGAAGCCUUGCAUUUCAACAAAGCGUGGAAGAUGCCCAGUGUGAUCGCCUAUCAAGUGAGAAGUGCACACGGCAAACUUGAUCAGUCGUGGAAAGACAAUCUCGACACGACCUUACUGUACCAACAUUACAGCAUCAACGGGCUUUACCCCAUCAACGAAUGCAAAAUCUUGAGACCGGAAGAACAUCCGCAAAGAGGAACUCCGAUCGCGUUGGACACGGAAUUUGUGGAACUGGAGAAGGCAGAGAUCAAUGUCAAGGCCGAUGGCACACAAGAAACCAUUCGUCCGGCCAAAUCUGGUCUGGCUCGCGUCAGUGUUCUACGCGGUAACGGGGACGAUGAAGGGGUUCCCUUUAUCGAUGACUACAUCACCAUCUACGACCCCAUUGUGGACUACAAAACACAGUAUUCUGGAAUUCGCCCGGGAGAUCUGGAUGUCCAGAUCUCCCACCACAACCUGGUUCCUCUCAAAGUGGCGUAUAAGAAACUCUGGAUCCUCCUCAAUCUCGGCUGUGUGUUCGUGGGCCAUGGACUGGCGUCUGAUUUCCGCAAAGCCAACAUACACAUACCCAAGGACCAAACGGUCGAUACACAAUAUCUCUACCUCGCAAAAGGCAAGCACCGGCGAUUCUCCUUGCGAUAUCUGGCUUGGGCGGUGUUUAGGGAGUACAUCCAAGAAGAAGUGGCCGACGAGACCCAGACCGACGGACACGACAGCAUCGAAGACGCACAUAUGGCAUUGCGACUCUGGCGAAAAUUUCUCGAGUACGAUCACGCCGGCGCCGUGGAACAAAUGGUCGAGGAAAUCUACCGCAAAGGCACCAAGUAUGGCUGGAAGCCUCCACCAAGGAGUAUUGGAGGUACAUUGUUGCCGGAUGGGAUCGGCACGGGAGCGGCUAACAGCGCGGUACCGAGUGGGAGGAACACACCAGAUAUGAUGGCGGCGCCAGCCGCUGCGUCUUUAGCUACAUCACCACCAGUGUCUCAGGGUAAUGGGACUGAGAGAGGUAAUGCGAAUGCAGGUGGAUCAUUCAAAUUGAACGCAGCGGGAGCGGGGACAUUUGUGCCUGGAGAUGGGAUUGUCAAAGACACUCCGCUGCGAUGA